AUGUCGCAAUCUCACUCGACAUUAUCAUUGUUUAUACUUCUGGUAUCAAGUCUCCUUUGUAUCCCGUAUGUCGUCGCAGCACCUUGGGCUACGGAUGGUCAUGCUCACUUGUCACCUGUAACCCCGCGAUAUCCUCCACAGGAAGAGUCGGGCAUUAAAUACCGCAAUGUGCUCCCCAACUUAAACUGGCUGCGUGAUACUGCGAUAGAAAAGAUCUUCCGUCUUCCCCCAAAGGUCGCAAAGAAACCCCAUCUACCAGGGAGUGUGUCGCGACCGUCCAAUAUCCAACUCCCAGCGACUUUACUUGCAAAAUAUGGCGGCGAUAAGGUACUUCGAUUCAAUCUCACAACACCAGCGGAGGAACAAGCUUUGGCAGAAGCUGCAGAAACACUUUUCCUAGAUGUGUGGGAGUUCACAAGUAACUGGGCGGAUAUCCAUCUGAGAGAAGAUGAUAUUCCCUCCUUACUCGGCCUUUUGCCGAAAUCUCUACAGACUUCAUACUCUUAUCUAAUGCCUGACUUGGCGAAGAGUAUUUAUCAAUCGUAUCCAUCGACGGCAUAUGCUGAUGUAGCUUUUCCCUCGAAACAUGUUGAAAGGGCAUUCACCCCAGCUUUGAGAACUAGCACUGUCGAUGGGAUGGACAACGUAUUCUUUCAAAACUAUCAACCACUAUCCGUCAUUGUACCAUGGAUGCGCCUUAUGUCUUCCAUGUUCUCAACACACGUUCGAAUGAUUAGCAUUGGAACUUCUUACGAAGGUCGCGACAUCCCAGCUUUAAGGAUUGGCGUAUCGCCAAAUCUACCUUCGGAGAAUCUUAAGCCACGACAAACUAUCAUUUUAUCCGGUGGAUUCCAUGCUCGAGAAUGGAUAUCUGUGAGCUCCGUUACAUACACUGCCUGGUCUUUGAUUACUUCUUAUGGGAAAUCGCCUGCUAUCACAAAGCUUCUACAAGAAUUCGACUUUGUCCUCAUUCCUGCUAUUAAUGUGGAUGGAUAUGUGUACACUUGGGAGAACGACCGUUUAUGGCGCAAGAAUAGACAACAAACCAAUCUUCGAUUCUGUCGAGGUGUUGAUCUAGACCGUGGGUUCGGUUUUGAAUGGGGUGCAUCGACUCAAAGUAAUCCUUGUUCCGAAAGUUACCCAGGGGAUGCACCUUUCCAGGCUGUUGAAUCCCAUCGAUUUGCACAAUGGGCUAAGAAUGAGACGGAGAACAAUAAUGUCCUUUUUGUUGGUUUCUUGGAUUUACAUUCAUACUCUCAACAAGUUUUAUAUCCUUAUUCUUAUUCUUGCUUGGCCGACCCACCUAGUCUGGAAAAUUUGGAAGAACUUGGUAUGGGACUUGCAAAGGCUAUUAGAAUUUCUAGUGGCGAACAAUAUACUGUUGCUUCCGCUUGUGAAGGUGCCGUUUCCUCGAGAAUACCAGGCCACUUAUCGACAAGCCGAAUGGAAAAUGGAGGUGGUUCCGCUAUCGAUUGGUUUUAUCACGAACUACGCGUGCGAUACAGUUAUCAAAUUAAGCUCCGAGAUACUGGAAGCUAUGGGUUUUUACUCCCCAAGGAAAACAUUAUUCCGACGGGAGAAGAAGUAUUCAAUGUGAUCAAAUACUUUGGAGACUUUCUUCUUGGCGAUAAAGGGAUUGAGAAAUCAAUGUCUUCAGAAGAGGCAUUGGUUACGGAACCAGUUACGCCUGAUUUACCCCUGGGAGUUAUGGAAGAAUCGGGUAUCCCGGAUGAAUUGGCAGAUGAAUUUGAAGAUGUCAAUUGGGAGUUGAAGCGCAAGCGGAAGUAG